AUGGUCAAAAAGAUAGGCGAAGCAAGCUUGGGAGAUGCAUUUUCUGUGAAUCUAUGUGAGUUGCUUCUUGAACUAUCCGACAACAUCAUUUGUAAAUGUGCUCUUGGACAGAAGUACACUAACAACAUGGUCAAAGAGCUUGCAAGGAGGUUGAUGAUUCAACUUGCAGCUGACACUUGGGGAUCUGAUUUUCCAAUCGGUGGAGUGAUAUCUAAGAAAAUUCUCCCUGCAUGUGUUCCCACUUUGUUGGAAGUCAUGCGAGAUCCACAUGUAGUUGUAGAUGGUUUUACUUAUGAAGCUAAGACUAUACAAGGAUGGCUUAAUGGUAGUAAUGACAACUCACCAAUGACUAUUGAUAAGCUUGACCCUCACAAUCUUGUUCCUAAUUAUGCUCUUCGUUCUGCAAUCCAUGAUUGGCUUCAAAACCGUCAAAAUAUGAUGUAUUUUGUGACAGUUUUUAACCGUCUAAAUAUGAUGAAAUAUAAAUAA